UAAACAAAUUUCAGAAAAUGGCGCUGUCCUGUGGCCUGUCAGUGCUUGUCGAAAGGAAGUAACUAUAUUUGAAUUUGUAGUUUCAAGAAAGUCUAGUAACCAUCUGAGCCUGUGUAUUCUCAUCUUGUGCAGCAGCCAGUGAUGGCGUCGAGGGAUGAAGAACUGCGUCGACAGUGUCAGGGCCUGUUGCAGAGACUCAAGUUCCAGCAAAGUGAACUGAAGGUGAUGAUACCGGGUACAUCAUCUACUCAUCAGGAGCCAUCAUCAAACAACCUGUACAACCACCGCAGUGAUCUCAAGCCCGAGUAUGCAAGAGACAAACUGAGAAGUGUAGUCCGGUCCACAGACAGAGGAGAGGAACAGACCUCCUAUUCAGGCUCCAGAUAUAAUGGGAACCAGACAAGACCUUCAUAUACCAAAGUGGCCAACAGUUUACUGAAUGAAACGUCAAGUAGGAGACAUGUUGGGAGUUUAGGGAGUGAAGGGUUUUCAGGCGUUGGUAGAGAUGUCCCAGCAGAGCCCUCUUACACCACUGACGGGAAUGCGGCAAGUGGACAGACCUACUCCUGUGGGUACACCACGACGCCGAGGACACGGCGGAGGAGAGAACUCAUUGACAGAAAUGUAAAGGUUGACAGCAGACUCAGCAGCUCCGAAGAUGUUGACACCGGCGACCGCCUCAACUUCAGCUACUCUGACGUGAUGGAUGACGACAUGACCUUCCUUAAAUCUGCUCUCAACCAGUCCCCAGAGGAAGUUUUCCAGGACGUCUCCGACCGGAGAGUCAAUGAUGAGUGGAGGGCUGGAAAGUCCGACAGUGUGAGGUUUGGGGACACGCGAUGGGAAGAUAUCCGGUGGGAAGACCGGCGGGGCGGGUUACCUGAAGAGGGAGACGGAGGGUCAGGGGUGCCAUCUGCCGCGAUGGACUCGGAAGUGACGUACGCCAAGCAAUUGGUGGAUGAAGGCAACAACAAGGAGAUGGCGGGGUUUGUCCGAGAGACGGUGACGAGACCCAGGUCCGUACUCACCAGCAAUGAUACAACGCUUUCACGCAGUAGAAACAAGACAUCAACCAAGGUGAGCUUCCGUUCCUCGGCCGACAGUUCCAGUGUUAUCCGGCGGGAAUCUCAGAAGAAGAUGUUGGGAUAUGACUGGAUCGCCGCUCUGCUGGACAAUGACAAGGACGUGAUUGAUGAGUCGGAGGCUUACUUCGAGGACCUGAAGGAGUUCCGGCGAGUCAACCGAGAGGAAUGCUCCAACAUGGUCUACAUGGAAGGUCCUGUGUCUCUGGCAGCUACCAGAGAGCCAUCGCCGGUAGCCAAGGCUAUCUCGGACACCAAAGUGAAGCCCUACAUGGUGAAUGAGCGGCUGUUCACGGUGCCCAUCAAGAAGUGCCUGUUGGAGGACUUCAAGGGGGGCACGGAGGAGGAGGGGGAGCAGAAGGAGCCAAAGAAAAAACCUACAGCAGAGGACCCGAGAUUUGUCAGGGUGAGCAUCCCCCGCUCCACCCUAGAGACGCCCUACCGCUUCAAGCCACAUCGCAGAAACAGCUUCGACCCCACAGAUUCCUGUGGACUAAGGGAGCACUGCCUUCUGGGGUGGGAGAACUCCCGGCCGGCCAUGAUGCCAGCCGCAUCCAACCUCGGCAUCAGCGACGCCACGCAUGGCAUUACAUCCAAGAUGGCUACGACUUUGGCUGAUGCAGAGCGACUGGCAAGCUCGUACGAGUGGGCAUUCCCCCAGGCCACCACCCACCGGCCCGACAUGUUCCCCUCCUGGAGGAAGGGCUACCAGGACUCCGUGGUCAACCUGUCCAACGCCAAUGUCACGCGGCCUCCAGGGUGUGCCAACUUCACCCAGUCCCUGGGGUCCUCCAGUCUGUCAGCUGGGUCUGAGGGACUUCGGAAGACCACGAAUGAUCUGCUGAACUCGACGUACUCCAUGAUGUAUGAAAUGGAGAGGCUGAAGAGGGAGAGGGCCAUGGCCCCUCAGACUCAGGCUAAAGGCGUUGCAUAGGACAGCUCAAUGUAGAAACAGUUAUUUAAUGGGUUCUUGUGAUUAUUUUCAUCAAGGGUCUUCUUUAAUCUUAAAUUUUUAACAUUUUGGUUAUCAGUUGGACCCCUAGAGGCUCUUUCAUAAAUGAAGGGAACAGAAUUCUGCUGUUUGAAAAAUGCAAGUUUAAAUCUGACAUUAUUACUCAUUACUGGUUCUCUUCACACAAUGUGAUGUGAAUACAGGUUUGAUUUUAAUGUCGAGUAUCCAAAUGUAGAGGGAUAGGUAACGUUUAACAUGCUUGAAGGUGGCAAAUAGUGUUGAGUGUACAGGAAUGUUGUGCUGAUGGCAAUGACAAGGGGCUCUCUCUAACUGAAUUCUGUUGUCAUGUGUGAUGGCAUUAGAUUCCUGCCCUGAAGUGGGGACACUAUUGCAGGAGGCUGGUCUCUCGAGAGUUUGUUGUAGGGGGUGUCUAUUUUUGUGUUCGCUAAAUGAAGACUUGAUGUAAACACUUGUUAAUAUUGCUGUUCUGUUUGGACAUAUUUAAUUAAAAUAGAGCCAUAUUUAUUCUGUUUUUAACAAUAAAAUGUGUAUAAUA